AUCUCCAUCGACACAUCGACACCUAUCGGCCACAUUGUCAUCGACAGUACAAAUUCUCCUCAGCGCAUCGGCGCUCCUCACGCCACCGGCAAGCUUGUUUGUUUCGAGAUUCGUGCCGGCACGCGUUAAUCCAAUAUUUCGACGUUUCGGAGCCUUCGCAGGCCCCGUCUGUUGGAGAGAAUCUUCACAAAACAUGCAUACGCAUCGGUCGGUGGCGUUGUGAAGUGGCACUUCGACACCUCGUGUCCCAAAAGUGCUUUCAUCGAUGACUGUAGAGGUUCAGGUUCAGGUGUCCCAGUACAUCGACAACGUACUGAAAAAUGACACCCUGGAGGAAGUCUUCAACUGCUUCAUCAUACACUCUCCAGAGAUGCAGGAGUAUAAGGAGCGGCGGUAUCAAGACGACAUCAAAAGCCUGUUCACCAACAUCCCACAGGAAUCGCUCGAGACUGCACUGAAGCAGUACAUCUCUGUAGUGGCAUGUCUGAGCAACCACCGUCAGAUGCAGACGCUGCUUUCUCUCCUACAUCAUGCGGUCACAUCCAAUGUCCUCCAGGCAAAGCCCGUCUGUGAGGCGCUGCUGGCAUCUGAGAAGUUCCACUACACCGUCGAAGAGUACUGGUGUCAGUCCCUCAGCCUGAUCCAGAAGAUAGUUGGUGGAAUUGAAUACAAGGGUGUUCGGGACUUGCUGAAGGUGGUGUUUGAGAAGGCCCUGUCGAUACCGUCUUCGGUGAAUGUCUCGGUUAUGCGACAGCUGAACGCGCUGAGUGAUGUGAUUGAGCACAUCUUCGACCGAAGUGCCGCCCUGUUGCCCAGCUACCUCAUCUUCGACGAUGUGCAGAAGAGAAUGCAGCCCAAGUCAAAGUGGCCUCACUGGAAAUUUGCGAAGCUAGUGUCGAGCUUUGUGGAUAGCUUCCAGCCAUGUGCCCAGAUGGUGACUAUAGUCGGGCGUUCCAAGUUGCAGCCGGUGGUGGGCCAUUCUGGCACCUGCUGUUCGGUGUGGAAGCUCGAUCCCAACACGGCCAAGUUUGCCGUGAAAGGGCACCUUCCGUUCAGUGCGGAAGCCCAGCAGCCUCAGCACGACCUUCUCCGUUAUGUGCUGGAGCAGCCUUACUCGCGGGAGAUGGUCAACAGUAUGCUGGGACUCUGCAAACAGCAAAAGCAGCGCUGCCCCGUGCUAGAGGAGCAGCUGGUGUCCCUGGUGGUGCUGGCCAUGGAGAAGUCGGAGGGGGACGCGGAGGGCCUCGAGGACGGGAGUCCCAUCCAGCUCUUCUGGCAGAACCUGUCCUCCCAGCUCAUCUACUUCGUCCUCUUCCAGUACGCCAGCUUCCCACACAUGGUGCUGGCGCUGCACGACAAGCUUGUUGGCAGAAACCUCCGCAAGGGUCGUGACCACCUCAUGUGGGUUCUGCUCCAGUUCAUCUCGGGGAGCAUCCAGAAAAACCCCCUGAACGACUUCCUGCCCGUGAUGAAGCUGUACGACCUGCUGUACCCGGAGAAGGAGCCCCUGCCCUUCCCGGACGUGACCAAGCCCCACUGCACCCGGGCGCUGGCCAUCACCUCCAUCUGGGUGCACCUGAUGCGCAAGGCCCAGCAGGAGAAGACCCGCCUGCACAGGCCCCUCCCCCAGGCGCUGCAGACACACCUGGAGUACCUUCAGCAGUCGGUCCUCUCCAAUCAGUCGACGCUCAGCUUCGGUAACGACUACUGGAUCUCGCUUCUCUGCAAUGCAUACAGCACCAACCAAGACUACUUCUCCCGUCCCAUGGGGGUGUUGGUGGACGCGAUUCAGGGCAGCCAGCGUAACCAGGGCAACAUGUCGUCGUCGAGCUCGAGCGCGUCGAACCCGACGCAUCCGUUGGGCAUGAACGUGCUCGACUCGCUCACUGUCCACACCAAGAUGAGCCUGAUCCACAAUGUGGUGACACAGAUAAUGAAGAUGGCCCAGGCCAAAUCGUCCAUCACACUUGCGCCGGCACUCAUUGAAACCUACAGCCGGCUGCUUGUCUACAACGAAAUUGAGUCCCUCGGCAUCAAAGGGUUUAUCAGCCACCUGCUGCCCACGGUGUUCCGGCAGCAGGCCUGGGGCAUCCUGCACACCCUGCUGGAGAUGUUCAGCUACCGGCUGCACCACAUCCAGCCGCACUACCGGGUCCAGCUGCUCUCGCACCUCCACAGCCUGGCUGCGGUGCCCCAGACCAACCAGACGCAGCUCCACCUCUGCGUGGAGAGCACGGCCCUGAAGCUGAUCACGGGCCUGGGGAGUGCGGAGGUGCAGCCGCAGCUGUCCCGCUUCCAGAAUGAGCCCAAGAACCUGCUGUCCACCGAGUCGGAAGAGCUCAACAAGGCCCUGGUCCUGACCCUGGCCAGGGCCGUGCACGUCACCGGGUCGGAGACUCUGUCGAUGAGUUGGUGCAAGGAGAUCCUCAGCCUGGUGAUGCAGAACACGCCGCACAGCUGGUCCAGCCUGACGCUGAUGAGCUUCCCGCCCAGCCUGGCUGAAUUCUUUCAGCAGCAUCAGGCACAGCGGGAGAACAAGGCACAGCUGAAGCGCUCGGUUGAGGAAGAGUACCGCAAGUGGAAGACUAUGAGCAACGAAAACGACAUCAUUGCUCACUUCUCGCAGCAGGGAACGCCCCAUCUGUUCCUCUGCCUCCUGUGGAAGAUGCUGCUCGAAAACGACCGGAUCAGUCCACUGGCCUACAAGAUCCUGGACAGGAUUGGUGCCCGUGCUCUUUCGUCUCACCUGCGGACGUUCGCCGACUUUCUGGUGUUCGAGGUGUCCAACACCGUCGGCGGGCAGCAUGUCAAUAAGUGCAUCGACGCCCUCAACGACCUCAUCUGGAAGUACCACGUCAUCUCGCUCGACAGGCUCAUUCUCUGCCUCGCAUUGCGAAGCUUCGAGGGAAACGAGAUUCAAGUGUGCUUCUUCAUCAUUCACCUGCUCUUGAUCCGGCCGCCGGAGUUCAAGAGUAGGGUUCUGGACUUUGUCAAGGAUAACUCUCCGGAGCAUUGGAAGCAGACAGACUGGCACGAGAAGCACCUGACCUUCCAUCGGAAGUAUCAAGAGAAGUUCUACUUUGAAGGCCUGCAGGACCUCAGUGGGCAGAGCCAGCAGCACACAUACCUGCCAGUCUACUUCGGAAACAUCUGCCUGCGCUUUCUGCCUGUGAUGGACAUUGUGAUCCACCGGUUCCUCGAACUGCACCCCGUGGCUACCAUCUCGGUGGAGUCUCUGCUGGAACACCUCGGCUGCCUCUACAAGUUCCACGACCGGCCGCUGACGUACCUGUAUAACACGCUGCACUACUACGAGCAGAAGCUCAAGGACAGACCUCCGCUCAAGAAGAAGCUGGUUGCUGCCAUUACAGGAUCGCUAAAGGACAUACGUUCUGGCAACUGGGCGCUGAGUGAAGCCUACCUGGGCUACCUCCAGCGCUCAGCGGAGGACACGGCGUGGGUGCCGGAACUGGACUACUACAUCAGCCUGGUCGGCAGAAUGGCAGACACCAUGGCGGGCAAGUCCCCGUUCCCGCACACGGACUGGCGCUUCAACGAGUUCCCCAACCCGGCGGCGCACGCCCUGCACGUGACCUGCAUCGAGCUCAUGGCGCUUCCCGUCGCCGCUGCCGUCGUCGGAAACAACCUUCUCGACGUCGUCCUCAAGGGGCACACAGUGCUCCCACGGGGUAGCAUCGAAAACUGGAUGAAUGCCAUUGGCCUGAUCCUAACUGCCUUGCCGGAGCCGUACUGGGCCGUGCUGAGCGAUCGGAUCCUGUCGGCCCUCCAGGGCCCCAACCUGCAGAGCGGCUCGGGAGGCCAGAGCAUCUUCCAGCUGCUCAGCUUCUCCUCCAACCACAGCAGCAUCACGGAGGUCCAGUGCUGCUACCUCAUGGCGCUGGUGCACGCCGUCUGGUACCACGCCAGCAUUGGACAGAUCAGCCAGAUUCCCCUGAUCAUGAGGGAACGCUUCAAGCCCGUUGUGAAGACUGAGGAGCAGUUCCUCUUCCUCUGCCAUCUGGUGGCGCCUUUCUUCCAGCGCAUGUCCACGGAGCGGACGCGUUUCAUCAUGGACAUCACCAAGGAGUUGUACGAGAUGCUGGAGAGCGUGGACAAGCACUGCGAGCAGCUCAACUACAUCGACCAGAUCACAGACCUGCUCUACCACAUCAAAUACAUGUUCACGGGGGACUCCGUGAAAGCGGACGUAGAGCGGAGCAUCCGUAACCUGCGGCCGGCUCUGCAACUGCGUCUCCGCUUCAUCACCCACCUCAACAUCGAAGAGACCAACGCCUCGUGAAACGUCGGGACCGACGUCGACGCGACGCUGCGAGGAGCUUGGGAUCUUGUACGCUUUCCACACACGCUUGCGUGGCGUGAAAGAAUCGAUCGCGCAUUCUAUUUUAUUUUGUCCACGACUGCACCAUUUACAUAAUCACAUUCGAGUUUUUUCUGCAGCGCUCAACUUUGUAACAAGGUGAAUACCGCGAAACACCGCCGAGAAAACCAUCAUGCCACAUGGUGCGACCACCUUCGAGGUUCGGACUCUCUUUCGAGAAUAAACCAAUGCUCGUUGGA